CCCCCAUUUCCUUCCUGCCUGUGAUUGUGAUCGACUGCGUGCGAGUUGUGCGUGUGAGUGUGUGUUUUGGGGAGGGUUUUGGUUGCCUUUUGUAAAUCUUCAUUAAAGGUGUAUUUGGUUUGGUGUGAUAGCUUUUGACGGUGGGAUUUACAUUAUUUUUUUUUAUUUUUAAAACUGUAUUAUUUUGACCAAAGCGUGAAGAGGCCUAGCAGCAGUCAUGUCCUCGGGCUGUCAGAAGACCGUGAGUCAGGCCAUCCCCACUCGCCGAGUGACGGUCAAUGACGCCGCACAGCUGCCUCACGAUUACUCCACCACCCCAGGAGGAACCCUGUUUAGCACCACUCCAGGAGGUACAAGAAUUAUUUAUGACCGCAAGUUUUUGAUGAAUUGUCGAGACUCUCCUGUUGCUAGGACUCCCCCUCGAUAUCUUCCUAACAUUCCUGGAGUCACCAGCCCAAAUACGGAUGAGAUCAAACUUGAAGCUGAUCAUGUCUCAGCUCAUGUUGACAAGCAAGCAGGAGGUGAUGAAUCACAAUUUGAAAUGGACAUUUAGGAUGCAACAUGUUACAGCCACAGAUAAAAGAAUCCAAACUGUCUUGUUGACAAGCUGAUAUUUCAUUAUCUAAGUUAACAUGCGUGCACCCUGCUUCCUCUGGGACAGCAAAAAAUGGAGUACAAGCUGAUCUUCCUGCCAGUGCUCUCUAGAUGGAUUUGGCUGUCCACAUGUGUUCAUACAUAAUACAAAACACAAAAAGAUGGGACUUUGAAGGGGCUUUUUUUCUGAUAAAGAAAUGAAAAAAAAGAAAUUGAUUAAGCAGCACCUGGCUUUGAGUUAAAGGGACACUGUUAAGUAAUAAUUAAGCUGGAGGGGUCUCCAAACUGCAGUUUUGGAGUGGGGAGGUGAUUAAUAAAGUAUUGAAGAGCAUUA